AAAAUCCCACCCCCUAAACUUAACAGGUGUGUGCAUUAUAAAGACCCAUUAAACUUCAGAUCCGCAUUACACGUGUUCAAUCCCUGUCCCACAAUCAACCGCCAUACGUUUUCUCCCUCCAAAUCUCCACCAAUCUCUCUCCUCUUCACCCAGUCACACGCACAUACACAGGGACUCACAGUGUCUAACAAAAUUUAUUCUUUUUUCUCUGAUGCAUAAGUUCAUCUGUUUAACGUGAAACCCAUUAUUAUUUUUUUCUCGGAAAAAGUAGGUGAGAAAGUGAGGGAAAAUGGCGGGGAACGAGUGGAUAAAUGGGUACUUGGAGGCAAUAUUGGACAGUGGUGCUUCGGCUAUAGAGGAGAAGUCAACACAAGUGAACUUGAGAGAGAGAGGGGAUUUUAAUCCCACCAAGUACUUUGUGGAGGAAGUUGUGACUGGGGUUGAUGAGACUGAUCUUCACAGGACAUGGAUUAAGGUGGUGGCCACAAGAAACACCAGGGAGAGGAGUUCCAGACUCGAGAACAUGUGCUGGCGUAUUUGGCAUCUUGCCCGCAAAAAGAAACAGUUGGAAUGGGAAGAUUUCCAACGGUUAGCAAAUCGGAGGUGGGAACGGGAACAAGGACGUAGAGAUGUGACUGAGGACAUGUCUGAAGAUUUAUCUGAGGGAGAGAAGGGAGAUGUUCUGGGAGAGGCAAUAUCAAUUGACAGCCCGAGGAAAAAGUUCCAACGAAACUUCUCCAACUUGGAAGUAUGGUCGGACAACAACAAGGAGAAGAAACUUUACAUUGUUCUAAUUAGUUUGCAUGGUUUGGUCCGUGGAGAUAAUAUGGAGCUUGGUCGUGAUUCUGAUACUGGUGGCCAGAUCAAGUAUGUGGUAGAGCUUGCUCGGGCACUUGCCAAAAUGCCAGGGGUGUAUAGGGUGGAUCUAUUCACCCGUCAAAUCUCCUCACCUGAAGUGGAUUGGAGCUAUGCAGAGCCCACGGAAAUGCUUACUGCAGGUCCUGAGGAUGGUGAUGCAAACGAUGUGGGAGAAAGCAGUGGGGCUUACAUUAUAAGGAUACCAUUUGGUCCUCGUGACAAAUACCUACGAAAGGAAUUGCUGUGGCCUCAUGUUCAAGAAUUUGUAGAUGGAGCUCUAGCGCACAUUCUUAAUAUGUCUAAAGUUUUGGGUGAACAAGUUGGUGAGGGUCAGCCCGUUUGGCCUUACGUAAUUCAUGGCCAUUAUGCGGAUGCAGGGGAUAGUGCCGCUCUUCUUUCAGGUGCUUUAAAUAUCCCAAUGGUUCUAACAGGACACUCGCUUGGAAGAAACAAGCUAGAGCAGCUUCUUAAGCAAGGGAGGCAGUCAAAAGAGGAUAUUAAUUCAACAUAUAAAAUUAUGAGGAGGAUAGAAGCAGAAGAGCUUUCACUUGAUGCUGCUGAACUAGUCAUCACAAGCACCAAGCAGGAGAUCGACGAACAGUGGGGUCUCUACGAUGGGUUUGAUGUAAAGCUUGAGAAAGUUUUGAGGGCGCGUGCUAGACGAGGGGUUCAUUGCCAUGGCCGGUACAUGCCAAGGAUGGCGGUCAUUCCUCCUGGAAUGGACUUCAGCAGUGUGGUGGUUCAAGAAGAUGAAGCUGAUGGGGAACUCACACCAUUGACCAACACUGAUGGGCCUUCUCCGAAAGCACUCCCACCAAUAUGGUCAGAAGUUAUGCGUUUUUUGACAAAUCCUCACAAGCCAAUGAUUUUGGCCCUAUCAAGACCAGAUCCAAAAAAGAAUCUUACCACACUAUUGAAAGCCUUUGGAGAAUGCCGCCCAUUAAGGGAGCUAGCUAAUCUUACACUUAUAAUGGGAAAUCGGGAUGAUAUAGAUGAGAUGUCUGGUGGGAAUGCUAGCGUGCUUACAACAGUAUUGAAACUCAUUGAUAAAUAUGACCUUUAUGGGCAAGUUUCCUUUCCAAAACAUCACAAGCAAUGCGAUGUCCCAGAAAUCUACCACCUCGCUGGCAAAAUGAAGGGAGUUUUCAUAAAUCCAGCAUUCAUUGAGCCUUUUGGGCUUACCUUGAUUGAGGCUGCAGCGCAUGGACUUCCGAUGGUAGCAACUAAGAAUGGUGGUCCUGUUGACAUUCACAGGGCAUUGAACAACGGUCUACUCGUGGAUCCUCACAAUCAGCAAGAAAUAGCUGAUGCACUGCUUAAGCUAGUAUCAGAGAAGAACUUAUGGCAUGAUUGCAGGAAGAAUGGUUGGAAGAACAUACACCUCUUCUCGUGGCCUGAACACUGUCGCACAUACUUAACAAGGGUAGCAGCGUGCCGGAUGAGGCAUCCACAAUGGAAGACCGACACACCAGCGGAUGAAUUUGCUGCAGAAGAGUCCCUGAAUGAUUCACUUACAGAUGUGCAAGAUAUGUCCCUUAGGCUCUCUAUGGAUGGGGAUAAAUCAUCACUAAAUGAAUCAUUCGACCAUGUGGCGGCAUCAGGUGGUGACCCCGAGGUACAAGACCAAGUGAAACGAGUCCUGAGCAAGAUGAAGAAGCCACAAACAGGAGCACAAGAGUCUGAAGUUGACAGGGCACUUCUUGAUAAUGUGCCAAGCAAAUAUCCCGUGUUGAGGAGGCGGCGUCGAUUGAUUGUCAUAGCACUUGAUGCUUAUGAUGACAAUGGAACUCCUCAGAGGAAGACAAUUCAAAUUGUGCAAGAGAUAUUUAGAGCCAUUAAAUUAGACCCUCAAAUUGCGAGAUUCUCAGGCUUUGCUCUAUCAACAGCUAUGCCAAUUUCAGAAUUGACGGAUUUCUUGAAAUCAGGAAAUAUUAAAGUAAAUGAUUUUGAUGCUUUAAUUUGCAGCAGCGGAAGCGAAGUGCACUAUCCAGGUACAUAUACUGAAGAAGGUGGAAAGCUUUGUCCAGAUCCGGAUUAUGCAACACAUAUCGACUACCGUUGGGGUUCUGAUGGAAUAAAGAAAACCAUUUGGAAGCUUAUGAAUACACCUGAAGGUGGAGAAGAUAGAAGUGUACAUUCUUCGAGUCCCAUUGAGGAAGAUGUAAAAGCAAACAAUUCCCAUUGCCUAUCUUUCUUGAUAAAGGAUAUCAAUAAGGCAAAAAAAGUGGAUGAUAUGAGGCAGAAACUUAGGAUGCGGGGUCUACGUUGUCAUCUGAUGUAUUGCAGGCACUCAACAAGAUUGCAAGUGAUCCCUUUGCUUGCAUCUCGAGCACAGGCUCUCAGGUAAUAUCUGGUGAACCCAUUGCCUCUGUGAGUGUUCCAAGUAAAUGGAAUCCUUCACAUUUUGUUUCCAUCCACCAGAAUGAGUCCUCAGUAAGGGUUAUGGUAUUGUCAAUGAUUACUCGAAAUUUAAGGGGCUUAUAUCAAUUCAUGGGCUAAUUUACAUUUAUAUCUCUGUAUUAGAACACGAACUUUAGCUCCAUUUGGUAGGAGGGUGGAGCAAAGAAGGUAGGAGGGUAGCAGUAUAACUGGGAAACUGGUGCUGCCCUUGCUAUCUGUCUGGUUGAAUAAAAAGCAAGGGAUGUCUUUACCAUUGUACAGAAGGCGGAAUAAUUUUUGAAGAGUAAAUGGUGAUAAUAUUAGGGCUGUAUAUUUUGCUAGAUGUAUUUUGGUCCUUAAUGGGUUAUUUAUUUAUUUUUUUACCCAAAAACGAAAAGUUUGUAUGUAGAAAGAGGGAGCCUUUCCCUUCCGAUGGUGAACGAUGUCGCUUUCUCUCUUGCUUUCCUUCCCAUUCUGUUCCUACCAAACCUUGAGAUCUCUACUACCCCUGACCUAAUUCCCUUUUCCUCCUCCCAAUGAAAUGGAUGGUUAGUGGUCAAAAGUUGUGUGUAAAAUACAAUGGAACUCAACUUUCGUUUAAAGUGAGCACAGUGGAAGCGCUGUCAUGGCAUCUAGGAGGGAAAUACUAAUCAGAGUUACAGGGAAGAUAGAAUAAGAAAGAAAAAAAAAAAGAGGAAAAAGAUCACACACACCUUUCACUGUCAGAGUGCCCCUCGGAACAUAUUCAGAAAGAACUUGAAGGAAUGGCAACUUGUAGCCAACAUUUAUAUUGGAUCCUUUCCCCGCUAAAAAGUUGAAUACAAGUAUCUGCCAAUAAAAAUAAGUUCUAAAAGAUUUACAAGAAAUUCUGUUUGUGGUUUAGAAACAGUUAUUAAGCUGUCUCUCAGCAGCUUGUUUUGUUCAAGACUAUCAUCAAUUAUAAGUCAUUUUUAUUUCGAAACAUCUUUGGAUAUAACUUAAAAUGAAGGAAUCUAGAUAUAUCUUAUGGUGAUGUAUCGUUUUCAUUGUGUUCCAUGCAGUAUCUGAAGAAUGAUAAUUGCCUAUUUGUCAUAUACUUGAGUGGGUCAAGUAAUUUAUUUGGUCACAGGAGCCGAAGGAGGAGUUUACUAGCGUUCAUUGUAGAUGAGACUAACUUAAGUAUGAUGUAGUUUUAAGUAGUUCUGAUAUUUGAUUGUCGCUUUUCCUUCUAUUUGCUCUUCUGAUAUGAUCAAUAGGUACCUGUUUGUCCGUUGGAGAUUAAAUGUUGCUAAUAUGUAUGUGAUUCUUGGUGAAACGGGAGACACGGAUUAUGAAGAACUAAUAUCUGGGACUCAUAAGACACUAAUUAUGAGAGGAGUGGUGGAGAAAGGUUCUGAGGAGUUGCUAAGAACAACAGGAAGCUACAUAAAAGACGAUAUUGUUCCAAAAGAGAGCCCACUGGUCAGCUACACUAAUGGUGAAGCCACAGCAGAAGAGAUUGCAAAUGCAUUGAGGCAAGUCUCUAGAACAAGUAUAUGACAUUUGUAUUCUUCAAUAUUUACUCAAAACGGAGAUUACGAAAUCAUGUUUUUUUUUUUUCCUUAUUUUUUUUGGCAAUUGUGAGAUGCAAUAUGUAUAUGAAGCAUUUCCCAGUGUGGGUUUCUGCAGUAAAUGUAUGUAGAUGAUGAUUCCCACUGUUGUGAAAUGCUAUUGUAGUCAACUAUAACACAGAACCUGAAACCACAUUAUAUUCUUUCUGUUCUAAUAUCAUCUCUCUUUAUAGUACAAAUGGAACAUACUU